GGUGGUGGUGGUGGUGGUGGUGGUGGUGGUGGUGGUGGUGGUGGUGGUGGUGGUGGUGGUGAUUUAUCAAAUUCGGCCACCGUGUCUAGCUUAGCGAAACUCGAAGCAGCUUGA